AUGGAACUCCAUGGCAUUCCAUGGAACUCCAUGGAUACUCCAUGGAUACUCCAUGGGAGUUUCGUGGAAUUCCAUGGAUUUCCUUGGAAUUCCAUGGAUUUCUAUAGAUUUCCAUGGAAUUCCAUGGAUUUCCAUGGAUUUCCAUGGAUUUCCAUGGAAUUCCAUGGAUUUCCAUGGAUUUCCAUGGAAUUCCAUGGAGGUAUUUCACACGGGAAGGCCCCUUUGAUUUUACCAGCCCAACACGAAUUUGAAAAACAAUUGCUAUCGUCUAUUCGGCUCUACGAUUGGCCAAUAGCCCAAAUCUCCUAGCAACCAUCGUAGAGUUUCCCACCCAGGUACUUUUUACGACCAACACUGCGCGCUUAUCCCCCGCGCCUCAGGGAUUCGAGGAGAACACUUGGUUACCGAAACGAAUGCAGAUCGACCUUUGAAGCAACAAGCACAUGUAGGACGAUAAAUUCUAUCAAACUAGCAGUAGCCGUUGGCUAGGAAGUGCGGGCGAAACCGCUUUGAUAUGUAGGUGAAUAUCUUUCCCUGCGGGUCAUGAAAACUGGAUUGAACAACAGAGUAAACUCAUAUAAUUAUUUAAUUCAACGAUUUCAUUUGCAGUUGAUUAUAUAGAAAGACGUUUGUAUCUUGUUCGCCGGCAAAGAUACGUUGGAACGGUAAUGCGUGACACAAGUAAUGCGGGUAUGCAGUCAUGCACAAAGUCUCGUUAUUCAAUCGAAUAUUCAAUCCGUUUUCAAUGACCAAAGGCCGUUGAAUAUGCGAUACAAAAUAAUGAAACAGCUUAAAUUACCACUGGAGUUUAAAGCUUAUUAAAGCUUUUGGAUGACAGGCGGCGUAACAUGCUUGAAAAAAACGUAUAAAAAUAUAAAAACCCUGAAAAACCAUGUACUGUAGUGAAACGUGAAUAAACUUUUAAUAUAAUUUACAUCGAUUUCUAGACUUUGCUAGCACUUAUAUCUCACCGAAAACUUUUCCCGCAGUAACCUGAGAUCAGGCUGUAUUUUUAUCUUCCUGGGUAAAUAGAUUCUAGGCCCGCAAGGCGAAUCAAAGUCUCCCAUUUAGUGCAGUACUUUUGUACCUGAAUUACCGGUGCUUGCGAAUCGAAAGUGUAAUAAUGAUUGUUGCAUUACUUGCAUGUGCAUUCACGUGAUUACUGUGACAUCAGAAGGACCUUUGAACUCAACACCAGGACCUUCGAGACCACAUACCAUUCAUACCAUGCAUUAUUAGUCGGUACAACACAGAAAUGCGAAGAGAUCGAGAAAAAUCCGCCUAUACAGUUAAAAAAGUGCCGCUGACCAAGAAUAGGUGGCGGGCUCCUUUUGUCACCCGCAAUUAGAAAAUUAUCCAUUGAAAUAAUUGAAGUGAGUAAUUCAUUCAUUUGGCCGUUAAGGGCACAAAUGCUUUCUAACUGCAAAAGCAGAGAGUACACAAAAGAAGUGAUUAUUUUUUAAAUUAUUAUUUUACAUAUAUGUAAGGUUCUCUAGAAGUGCGUGUCUCUUCCACUAUGCAUGACGACAAUUCAGAAAAUCCUCAGCCUUACCUUAUGGAAAAAGGGUCGGAUGUUACUCUAACAUGCACUGCCAGUUUCGAGGCAUACAGAAUGAGAUGGUUUGUCAAUGAUACAUUGCUGGAAAAUGAUAGCUGCACAAACGGAGAACAGAACCCGGUUAAAACCUGUAAUCUGACUUUACGAAGGCUAGAUGUCGGUGGGAAGUAUACCUGCCAGGCAGCUAAAAGUGGAAUCAGAGAGUGCACUUUUAAGGAGCUGGAACUUAAAGUCGCUGGUGAGUCGAGACUUAUUCAAGUGAGAUUAACAUGCGUACACAGGAUAUAUAGGGGUAUACAGGGUAUACAGUAUUACUUGGGUAAACAUGGGUAAACAGGAUAUACAAGGGUAUACAGGGUAUACAGUAUUAUUAGGGUAAACAUGGAUACACAGGAUAUAUAGGGGUAUACAGGGUAAACAGUAUUACUAGGGUAUUCAUGGGUACACAGGAUAUAUAGGGGUAUACAAUAUUGCCCUAAUAUAUUAGGGAGUCUAUAUGGAGACUGCCAUGAAUUACUUGCCCUAAAAAACGGCCGUGUAGCAGACUAGCCUAUCCACGGAUGUGGCAAAAAAAAACUCUAAUAUUGCUUGUGUAGGCUCGCCGAAAUACUCCAUACAAAGCAAUCUCAUCAAUCAGGUUGGACUCGAGUAAUAUGGAAAAUCUUACCUCUCAACCAAAACACACUCCGAUACGAGAAGAGUUAUGUGCCUAGUGGGAUCAUUUCCAGUACUGGCUAUUUAAGUACGGGACUCGUACAUCGUCUUGUAUUUGCUAUUCAUACGGGAUUCCGACUAAACUGAUUAGGUCUAUUUAAGCACUGACUCGAAACGGUCAGCCUCUAAUUAGGGUUACGGUUGUUGUUAUAUAAAUAAAAUCAAACUCCACCUAGCAGCGAGUUACUACUCCGUGGUUGAGUAGUUAGGCUACGAAUUAUGGAUUCUACGCCCCUGGAUCGGUUCUCAAUCUUGCCGCAUCGAAUUUUUCUUCUUUUCAAAAUUUAACACUGAAAUUUUUUUCCCUAAAAAUGGAACAGUCGUUGAAGAGACUUACACUUUCAUAAAAAUUUGUUGAUCAGAAAUUUCAAGAGACUUAGAAAUUUCAUGUAAAUAGACUUGAUCCCGUAUGUCAUAGCAAAUACAUGUUGGUGUACGGGUCCUGUACGAAUAGCGGCACUGUGCCAUUAUGAAGCAACUGCAUGUUGUUAAUAACAGUGAUCUUCUCUUAUUUUAAAUGCAACUCUGAUUUUAAAAGAUAAAUGGCAGACAGCCCUACUAAAAGAUAAUUUUCUAUAUUUAUUUUUUUUCAACUGGAUCAUUUUUUUAUUAAGCACACAAAACAUUCCUCUUUAUAGUUAGCGAUAAAAUCGCUUACACUGGGACUUUCAGCGUCGGUGAACAAUACUUUUGCAUUGUCUGUGUAAUUUAAACUAAACGCACUAUUUUGCUUUUAGAAAGCUUCCAAGUGUUUCCUAUUUUUCUAUCCAAUAAAAAGUGCAGACUUGAACAUGUGGUUAACAAGUUAAUGAGUUGCUUGAUUACUGAAUUUCUAUGGAUUUUCUCAUACAAACUGCAUGGUAUUCUAUCGAACUCCAUGGACACGCUAUGGCAUUCCAUGGAACUGCAUCGGUACUUCAGGGAACCCCAUGGCAUUCCAUGGAACUCCACGAUAUUCCAUGGAAUUUCAUGGCAUUCCAUGGAACUCCAUCACUACCUCAUGGAACUCCGUGGAACUCCAUGGCAUUCCAUGGAACUCCAUGGAACUCCAUGGCAUUCCAUGGAACUCCAUGGAUACUCCAUGGAUACUCCAUGGGAGUUUCGUGGAAUUCCAUGGAUUUCCUUGGAAUUCCAUGGAUUUCUAUAGAUUUCCAUGGAAUUCCAUGGAUUUCCAUGGAUUUCCAUGGAUUUCCAUGGAAUUCCAUGGAUUUCCAUGG